GUAACUCUCCUUCCGAGGAGUCAGAAGAGCGCGAGAAGGAGCCGAGGACGCUGACCUACCCCGCCUACAUCGCCAGCCUGCUGGACACAGGAGCAAAGCGCAUGGCCGCCGGCGUCCGCAUGGACUGCAACAGCCAGGGCCAGUGCCCGCGCUCCUGCCACCUCUGCCACAUGAGCCCCAGGAUGUCCCAGGGGAGGCAGCAGUCUGAGCCCGUCCUGCUGCAGAUCACCAAGGCUGCACCCAUCUAUGAACUGGUGUCCAACAAUGAGACCUACCAGUCUCUCCAGGAGGCGAUGAUGAGCAUGCUGUGGUGUUCGGGAAAAGGUGAUGUCAUCGAUGACUGGUGUCGCUGUGAUUCCAGCGCAUUUGGCACAGACGGACUCCCCACCUGCGCCCCACUGCCACAUCCUUUACUGAAGCUGUCCUACACCUACGAGCCCAGCAGCUCAUUGGUCAUCAUGGAAUGGAACCACACUGAGCCACCAAUCGGCGUGCGCAUCGUUGAUUACCUCAUUAGCCAGGAGAAGGUGACGGAGAGGAUGGAUCACUCCAAAGUCGAGACAG